AUGGUCAACUCCUGUUGUGGCUCUGUCUGCUCUGAGGAGGGCUGUGGCCAAGGCUGCUGCCAGCCCAGCUGCUGCCAGCCCACCUGCUGCAGGACCACCUGCUGCAGGCCCAGCUGCUGUGUGUCCAGCUGCUGCCGUCCCAGCUGCUGCCAGUCUGUGUGCUGUCAGCCCACCUGCUGCCAUCCCAGCUGCUGCAGGCCUUCCUGCUGCCGCCCUAGCUGCUGUGUGUCCAGCUGUUGCAGACCCAGUUGCUGCAGGCCUUCCUGCUGCCGCCCCUGUUGUAGCAGUUCCAGCUGUUGUGGAUCCAGCUGCUGCCGCCCCAGCUGCUGUGUGUCCAGCUGCUGCCGCCCCAGCUGUUGCCAGACCACCUGCUGUCGCCCCAGCUGUUGUGUGUCCAGCUGCUGCAGGCCCCAGUGCUGCAUCUCCAGCUGCUGCCGCCCCACCUGUUGCCAGACCACCUGCUGCCGCCCAGCAUGCUCUAGUGGUUCCUGCUGCUGA